AUGCCGAAAGGAUGGUUGAAUCUCGAGGGGGUGACUGACACACAGGUGUUCGAGAACGAGCCUGCUUUCAAUUUCGGGUUGUCGAGGACUCAGAGAUUAUACGGCUUUGUUGGUUGCCUUGCUAUUGGAUUUGUUCUCUCGCUAUUGGGUAGCAUUUUGUUGCUCAUAGGAUCCCUGGCGUCAUUCGCCCUAUUGUACACUAUUGGCAUUGUUGUGUCCUUAGUAGGAACUGGAUUCCUCAUUGGAUUCGGGAAACAACUGAAGCUCAUGUUUAAACCUGUACGAGUAGUGGCUACCAUUGUAUUUUUCGCGACUAUCGGCCUUGUAUUCGUUGGCGCAUUUGUGAUCAAAAUCGGGUUCCUGUGCAUCAUUUUCGUUAUCAUCGAGUACCUAGCCUAUACGUGGUACUGUCUGUCGUACAUUCCAUAUGCGCGCACAGCAGUCAAAAAUGUCAUUGGGUUCUAA